AUGGAGCGGGAACAGUGCGCCACUUGUAAGGACUCUGGAAAAGAAGAGAAAAAUGAUAUUGGCAACGAUGAGAAAAAGGACACCGGAAAAGAUGAGAAAAAGAACGCCGGCAAAGAUGAGAAAAAUGACAAUGGGGAAGGAGAGAAACAGAACAACAGAAAAGUUGGGAUCGAUGGCCGUCAACACGAAAAGGUCGACGAGGAGGUCAUCCAUCGGCUGAAACAAAUCUUUGGUCAGCCUACACAGGAAGAGCAGUAUAGACGCCAUGGGACCGAUAUCAACACUACUUGGUUUGGUGUGGUCAAGGAGGCCAACCAGCCGUACCUACACUAUUCGAAUCGGCUUGUCGACAUCCUACGUGAGAGUCAGGUGGGGGUUCAUUCGGAUCGAUUCCCACAGCUUGUCUCCUUUGUCGGACAGACCGGCGCUGGAAAGAGCACAGUAAUCAAGAUGCUGAUCGAUCGCGAGCAAGCCAGGACCGGAAACACUCACAACUAUGCGGCGCCGGUUCCCGGCCUCGUUGGUGACAACAUUCCCACGACAGGCGACGUACACCUAUACGAGGACCCCGGGACCCACUACGCCCAGAAACCCAUCCUGUACGCCGACUGCGAGGGCAUGACUGGCGGAGAGAGCGCACCGCGAGGCUUGGCAUGUCGAGAGAAGAUGGAGAGCGCGAAACGGCCUGGAAAAUUUAUGGGGAAGAAACUCCGCAAGAAGCUCGCUUGGGCGGAUAAUCCCAAGAUGCAGUCGCGGGAGUAUGCAGUGAGGAUCCUUUUCCCGAGGAUCCUGUACACUUUCUCGGAUGUCGUGGUCUUUGUGCUCCGCGAGGUUCGGACCUUCCAGACCGACGUCUUGACGCAGUUGGUCAAUUGGGCAGCCAUGUCUAUCGACAAGUCUAUCAACCAGCCAAGCCUGCCGCAUAUCGUCAUCGUCCUCAACGCGACCGAGAGCCAAAUCGACGAGAAACAAUGGGAUACAGAGACAGCCACACACGGACUCCUCGAUGACUAUCAGUACUCAGUACAUCAAGUCCCGGCCCUGAGAGAUACCCUUGCCAGACUGGCGGCGCUGGGAAAGGUCAUCACGACCACCAAGCAGCUCCUGGAGUACUACUACUCUUCCGUCACAGUGGUGAGGAUUCCCGCCAAAGGACGUUACAUGCAGAUAGAUGAGCAGAUCGGAAAGCUGUAUGACAUUAUCGGUAGGAAAUGUGCUUUGUCUCAUGCCCAGAAAAAGAAGUUCCGCAUGUUACUAAAUGCAGAGGUGCUUCCGCAAUACGUCAACGCAGCCUACGACCACUUUUCGAGACGACUAGAUGAGCCGUUCGACUUCGUAGAAGAAGCUCGCCGUCAUGCCCCAUUGCCGCAGGACUUUGGCGGACACAUACUAAAUCUCAUCCUGUCCAUGUACAGAAACUACGACCGGCGCAGAGGUCGUGUGAGAGAUCUCUUCAUGAAACUUAGCCGUCCAAUUGCCUCGUGUAUCGCGCUGGCUGCUACGAGAGACAAUACACAGGGAACUUACUCGAAUCUACUCCGCAACACCUACCUCGAUCCCCUGCUUGCCGCCCUGCUAGAGUUCUGCAAUCACUGGCUACGCUGUUCUUUUGAGCGAGAUGGCGCAGAAUGCCGUAAUGUCAGAAACUCGCACAAGAAGGGCCACCAAGCUCACACAGGUAGGAUACUGGCUCGCGGCCAUUUCGAGUCAGCCUUCGUUGCCGACGAGUUUUUCCCGGUAUGGAUCGAUGAAAUAGACAGGCACAUCAGAAACCUGGAUGCACGCCUGGGACACUUCGAUCGUGACGAGAGUGCUACUAUUCCAAGGAUACACAUCGACAUCAUGGCCGACUUCUACAGAACUCUGGAUCCCAACAAGCCCGCCGCGAGCUUUAGGAGCAAUCUGACGUGUCUUUGCUGCGUAAGAAGCAUCCCUGAGAACGUCCUUCCAUGUGGCCAUAUUUUCUGCAAGGCUUGCAUUCAGUCUUAUGGGAUAAAUGCAGGACAAGGCUUGUUCAGACUACACUAUUGCCCUCUUCACCCACGAGACACAGACUGGCCGGAGCCAGCCAAGAUCAAAUUCAAGCCAGACGAGGCUGGCGUGAGAAUUCUUUGCCUGGAUGGGGGUGGAAUACGAGCUAUUGUCCAGCUUGAGAUUUUGCGGGCGAUCGAGGAGGCCCUUGGACGCCAUAUCCCUAUUCAAAAAUUCUUUGACCUCAUAGUCGGGACGAGCACCGGUGGCAUCGUUGCUUUAGGCCUAGGUGUCAAAGGCUGGAGCGUGUCGUAUUGCAAGGAGCAAUUCAAGACCAUCUGCAGGCAGGCAUUCACUCCGCGAGGCUUUAAACCCCUUGCAAUGGUCAGUAACAAGAGCUAUUACAAGACGAAACCACUGGAGAGGGCUUUGCAGUCCUCCUUUGACGACUACUCCCCCUUGUAUGGCGGAACUAAGGUCGAAAAGUCCACUGCAACACGAGUUGCAGUCACUUCAACACUGGCAAGCGAAAAUAGGCCAGUUAUCUUCUCGAACUACAACACUGAAGGUGAACGUGAUACUAUGCCGUACAAGUUCUUGAGGCCACAGGACCCCGCCAUGGAGCUUAUGAUCUGGGAAGCUGCCCGAGCAACUGCCGCAACAGCCCCGUAUUUCAAGUCAUUCGUUCAAACGGAAACAAUGGCUGCAUAUUCAGAUGGUGCGAUUCACCAUAACUGCCCGGCUUUAGUCGCGGACUAUGAGCGAAGACUGCUUUGGAAGGAGGUCAGCACCUGGGCCCCGGAUAUCUUCUUGUCGAUUGGAACUGGCCUCAGCAACCCUCGAGUGUCACCUCAAUCCCCAGGCAUGUUCUCGUUGAGUCCUUCGGAAGGCUCGCGGCCUAAAGGGUCCCCACGUCAGCGGAACGUCGCUGGCCUAGGCUACAUGUGGCGAGCUGCUCCUACCGACGACCAAGUGGACUGCGAGGAAGCUUGGAGUCAGUACCGUGCCAUGGCUACAGCGCCAAACCAAAUAAACCGGCCAGUGGGAGAAGAGAGCAGCGUGCGUAUCAAUGUCGAGUUCGAGGGUGAGCGACCCGAGCUUGAUAAGGUUGAGGAGUUGGAAAAUAUGGAGCGGCAUGCGAUGAACAUGAUGAGGGACAACCCCGGGAUCUACGAAGUCGCUCGUAAGCUUGUGGCGAGCUGUUUUUAUUUUGAAAGAGCAGGUGGCCACACUCAGCAUGGGGACACAGGGGAGUACAUGUGUUCUGGAGACAUCCGGUGUCGCUUCGAUGAAGGUAGCCAUGACCUCAUAGGCCUUGGUCACAUCCUGCGAGAAUACAUCCUUGGCAACACCUUCGUACCGUUUUUCUUGUUGGAAGAGAACUACGGCUCACUCAACCAAAGACAACAACAGGUGCCAAUUCCCGUCCAAACCAUCAACAGCAUGUGCUACUCCGGCUGCUUCCAGCUUCCGACCCUCCGAAUUGGCUCAGAGUUCCAGUUUAGUGUAACCUGUCUAUCCUUAUGUCUUCAACCGGGGAGCUACAGCCACAACGAGAAGCGCCCCUUCAUCCAGGAGUGUGUAAGUGUACAUACCCGCCGAUUAUUUUCCAUCAGUGGUUUCCCCCGGAAGCUCGUCACUCAGGACAGCCCUCCGUUAAACAACGCCGAAGACGAGUCUGAGAGCGAAGGGGAAGGGCCUGUGGAACUCCCGGUGCCCGACACUGCGCCAUCGUCACCGGAGGUUCAAAGAUCGUGGGGCACAAGGCUGUUCAAGAGUCCUAGUCUGUACAAGACACUUUCGCAACGUUCCGCUACACCUAAGCCCAAGAGCUCGGGCGGUAUGGCUACGGAGAUCUAUAGUAGCAGAGAUACAAACUCGGUCGACCUAUCCGGCCAAGCAUCGAGCUCGAGGUUGGCGACGAGCAGCGGCGAGUCACGCUCCUCAGCUGAGACAGCUAAUGGUCGUCUGGAGUCAGAUUCUACAUCUCGAGAUGAAACGGACUAUGCAAGAUAUAGAUGGGCCUAG